AUGUACUCUUCUAUCCACCUUGAUCGUCUUUCUCAAGUUGAAGAAAGUGGUUCUUUUGCAGAGUUUGUCGAUCCUGUUGCCGUUACCUGCACCGUCUUUUCAUCCAAUGGCGAAGUCAGGACAUAUUGGUCUACAGUAAGCUUAAUGCGGGUAGGAAGACAGGGUGGUUGGGGUGACACUCCUCAAAGUCCCGUUGUUUGGGACUCUGAGAACGACGAUCGCAGCCCUAUUCGCUCAUCCGUUCUCAGCCAGCUGGCUGCUGUAGACAACUUUGCCAAAACACUCACGAUUCAAGGGUUCUUGUCAUAUGGGUAUGAUCAACUGGACUGGUUUUUUAGUGGAUCGUGUCUUGUUCAUCAAACCCCCUUUAGUCUCCAACUGGACCUCGAACCCAUUCGACCUCCAUACUUGCAUUCAUUAUUUGCUUGA